GAUGGAAAAGGAGGUCCAGGGCCUGUUUCAGAAACACAGAGAAGAGGAGCUGGAGGAGAGAAGGAGAUUAUAUCGUUGGAAUACCUGGAGGAAAGGGUUACCCCUGACAGUGGAUGCAAUGACAGAGAAAGACCUGCCCCUGGACAUGAGAUUCCAUGAAGAUAAGAAGAUUGACUUUGUUGGGGCAGAGGUUACAGGACUGAUGGAAGUUGUCCUAAAACGUUUGAGCACCCUCCUGAGUUCCUGGAAUAGUUUGGAUGAUUUUGCCCAAAUCGUCUGGGGCCACCAGAGCACCCUGACCAAGAGGGUGUGCGAGUCCUGGAAGGAUGAUGAUUUUUUUGGCUACCAGUUCCUCAAUGGGGCCAACCCCACAAUGCUGAGAAGGUCCACCUCACUCCCCACCAGACUUGUGAUCCCCCCAGGGGCAGAGGAGCUUCAGACUCAGCUGGAAAGAAAACUCCAGGAGGGCUGCCUCUUUGAAGCUGAUUUUUCCCUGUUGGAUGGAAUCCAGCCCAAUGUGAUCCAGGGGGAGAGACAAUACCUAGCUGCCCCCCUAGUUAUGUUUAAGAUGGAGCCUGAUGGGAAGCUGCUACCCAUGGUCAUCCAGCUCCAGCCUCCCUGCUCUGGCUCCCCAGUUCCACCACUUUUCCUGCCCUCAGAUCCCUCCCUCACUUGGCUCCUGGCCAAGAUUUGGGUCAAAAAUUCUGACCUCCAGCUGCAUGAACUGCAAGCACAUCUGCUGAAGACCCAUUUGAUGGCUGAAGUGUUUGCUGUAGCCACCAUGAGGUGCCUCUCAGGGAUGCACCCCAUCUUCAAGCUGCUGGUCCCUCACUUCCGCUAUACUAUGGAGAUCAACACUCGUGCCCGGACCUCUCUCAUCUCUGAGGGGGGAAUUUUUGAUCAGGUGACGAACACUGGUGGGGGAGGUCAUCUGGAUAUCCUCCGCAGGGCAACAGCCUGUCUGACCUAUCGAUCCCUCUGCCUUCCCAAUGACCUGGCUGACAGAGGGCUUCUGGGGAUUCCAUCAGCUCUCUAUGUCCAUGAUGUCCUCAGGCUCUGGGACAUUAUCUUCAGGUAUGUGCAAGGAAUAGUCCAUCUCCAUUAUUCAGGGGACAAAGAUGUGCAGGAUGACUCUGAGCUACAAGCCUGGUGCAGAGAGAUCACUGAGAUUGGGCUGGGUGGAGCCCAGGACCGAGGGUUUCCUGUCUCCUUUAAGUCCAGAGCUGAGCUCUGCCAUUUUCUCACCAUGUGCAUCUUUACAAGCUCAGCCCAACAUUCAGCUGUUAGUCAGGGACAGCAAGACUGGUAUACCUGGGUUCCUAAUGCUCCAGACACUAUGCGGCAGCCCCCACCAACCACAAAGGAUGUAACAUUAGAGAUGGUGAUGGCCACAAUGCCCAAAGUCUAUCAAUCCUGUCUCCAGAUAGCUAUGACAUGGCUUCUGAGUCGGGUCCAGCCAAACAGGGUACUCCUGGGCUAUCCAAAGGAAGAAUACUUCUCAGGACCUGAGUCCAAGGCUGUGCUGAGCCGUUUCCAGGAAGAUUUAGACAUUCUGGAAAGGGAGAUUGUGGCCCGUAAUGAAGGCCUGGACCUGCCCUAUGAGUACCUUCUGCCAAGCAGGAUAGAAAACAGCAUUACCAUUUAAACCCAAUAUUUGGCUGACCAUCAACCUGGAAAAGACUCCUUUUCUUUCUUAACCCUAGUCCUUUUAAUUUCAUGUCUAUUGAUACAAAACUCACAAAUUGAAGCUUCUGUCCCCACGUUUAACCUACCUGCACUUUUUUCACUCACUCACUGAGGAGAGGGUCUUUCUUCUUCAGGUAUAAAUCAUGCUUAACCUCACUCUCCAGGGUCAUGAGUUCACAUUUAGCUACUUGGCAACACUUCUCUUGGCACUUCCCACACAUGCUUCUCAUUCUCUGCUGUUGCUUUUCCUGGAAAGAAAUAAUCUUCCCUUUGACUUUCCUCCUGGGGCAGGGGCAGGGGCAGAGGCAUCCCUUCCCAAUCAUUCUACCCAAGAAUGGGAAAGCUCCCAGUAUAACCAGAUAUGAAGGGUUUCCAUCCCCUUCUCCCAGCACUGAGAGUUCUCUUAGCUAAACCACCUUGUUUUUUGUGGCCUUUUGUCAAAAUCUGCAAUAAAUAAAUGCAUAAAUCUAUAUACUAUAUGGUAUUUCAACUAUGUUGCCCAGGGAACA